AUGGUUCGAAUGACCGCAAUCUUGGCUACAGCCAUUCUCAGUCUCGCAUAUGCUGCUCCUCUGAGCCCUGUUCAAGAAGAAGUUAAAGCCCGAGGUGUGUUGGAUGCUACGUACGCGCAGCUGGAUUGGUUCAUGGCUAAACGUAAUCCAGAGCUAUCUUAUGUGAAUAGCCGCGCAGCGGAAUUGAGUUAUGUGAAUUCGAAGCGGGAACCGGAGUUGAGCUAUGUCAAUUCUAAGCGCGAGCCAGAGCUCAGCUAUGUGAAUUCAAAGCGAGAACCAGAACUUAGCUAUGUCAACUCUAAGCGUGAGCCUGAGCUUAGUUAUGUGAACUCCAAGCGCGAGCCUGAGCUUAGCUAUGUCAAUUCUAAGCGCGAGCCCGAGCUCAGCUACGUCAACUCCAAGCGAGAACCCGAGCUUAGCUAUGUCAACUCUAAACGAGAGCCUGAAUUGAGCUACGUCAACUCCAAACGUUCCCCGGAACUCAGCUACGUAAACUCCAAGCGCGAGCCCGAGCUCAGCUACGUCAACUCCAAACGAGAGCCUGAACUGAGCUAUGUCAAUUCGAAGAGAGAGCCCGAGCUCAGCUACGUCAACUCCAAGCACGAGCCCGAACUCAGCUACGUCAACAGCCGCCACACGCACAAGGAAUAA